AUGAAGCUCUCUAGCGUCCUCUCACUCGUGUACUUCUUCUCCUGCGCUUCGGUCUCAUGGGCUCAAACGUGUAAAUUCAAGUGUGAAAACGGGAAUAAUCCUCGUCACCGGGAAGGGCACAAACCAACGUUCAACGGAUGUGGCGUGCCGGGUUUCAUGAUCGAUUCCAAACACGGGCUGACGGAAUGCUGCAAUCAACACGACAUCUGCUAUCACACAUGUCAAACGGGGAAGAGUCAGAAGAAAGGGAUGGAGAUAUGCGACAAGGACUUCGAGAAGUGCAUGCUGGUACCUGUCGGGGGAGGGAAAUGCGAUGAGCUCACCUGUCCUCCGAUGUUUGGUUGUCCUGCUUACCAGGUGAUGCAGUGUGGUGGAGACCAACUGACAAACGUUGACAGGCUUUGA